AUGGCACCCCUCCUCUCAACCAUGCUGUUCGCAGCCAGCGCAUCAGCCCAAGUCACAACCUCCUUCUGGAUGCCCAUCUAUGGGCUAGGAACAGACAACAUCGGUUUCGUCGGCUCCGUCAUCGACGCCAACGGAACUCACACCACCGUUGCUGUUGACUACGACGAAGGCACCGAUACAUCCGCUCUGAGCCUCGCUGCCGAUACUCCCCAGAUUUUGACCAUUGGCCCCGACUUUUACGGAACAAAGAUCAACAUUGGCCUUGCUGCUAGUGGCGAUGAGGAGGAGGACACCUACUCACUCGACUGCUCCUGGCCGACCCCCGAAGAAGUAGGGUCGAACCGUACAUGUACUGUGUCGUACCCCCCAGAAAUCGCUCGGCAACUCUGCGAGAACCCCACUUACCCUUCUACGAGUGAAAGGGUCUGGUCAAGAACACACACCUUCCCUGCGCGCGGGUCAGAGCCUGCAGGUACAGAGACAGUCAGGCAGACUUUGAGCUAUGGCUAUGGCUCUGCUAUCUCGACUGGUACCCGGUCAGCCUUUUGCAGUGAGAGUGGGGAGCUCUCAGGAACAGAGUUCGGGACUUACUACCUUGUUAUCACUGCGGGGACGGAGAAGUUGGAGGCUACUGCUGCGGCUACUCCGACGAUGUCGAGUGCCAUGUCUACGGGUGCUCCCUCAAACGCGACAGGUGCUUCUGGGACUGCGCCUGUGCCUGAGGUGACGGAGGCUGGUGCGCCGAUGGUCAGGGGUGCGCCGCUGUUGGCUGGACUUGGCGCUGCUGCUGCUGCAUUCUUUGUCUAG